AUGAUUUUCGGAGGUGAAUUUUUGAUGGGGCGAUCUGCUAGAGCCUCCAUUUGGGGGAGGGAUAGUGAGAACGUAGCGCUGCCAUUGGAUAAAUUAUCCUUGGGUUAUAUCGAUAAAGACGGUUUAUCAAGCUCCAGGAGCAAGGGGAAGCUGUUUGUCGUUUUGGUAUCAACUGGAAGUUUUAAUCCUCCUACAUACAUGCACUUGCGCUGUUUUGAAUUAGCAAGAGAUGCUCUAAUAUCGAAAGGCUUUUGUGUCACUGGGGGUUACAUGUCGCCUGUAAAUGAUGCAUACAAGAAAAAGGGUCUCGUACAAGCUGAACAUCGUGUUGCAAUGUGUACUCUUGCUUGUAAAAGUUCCGAUUUCGUGAUGGUAGAUUCGUGGGAGGCAAGUCAAAGCUCUUACCAACGCACGUUAACGAUUUUGUCUAGAGUUAGGGACUCAUUACGUGAGAGUGAAAUUGUAUCCUGCGAGUCACUUAAGGUCUUGCUCGUUUGUGGUUCUGAUCUGUUAGAAUCCUUCAGUAUUCCUGGAUUUUGGAUUCGUGAUCAGGUCCGAACUAUUUGUCGAGACUUUGGGUUGGUUUGUAUACAGAGAGGUGGCCAAGAUGUUGAGAAUAUUAUAUCUAAGGAUGAUAUUUUGACCGAGUACAAGGAUAAUAUUGUAAUCGUCGAUGAAGUGGUACCAAAUGGGAUUAGUUCAACCGGGCUAAGGGACUGCAUUUCAAGAGGAUUGUCUGUGAAGUAUUUGACAGAUGAUGAAGUGAUUGAUUAUAUUAGACAAAAUCGUGUCUACUCUCACUCUCUCAGGCUCCUCAGCAGCGCCACCGCCACCGUGACGGCCGGUGAUGUCAGGCGGAGGCGAUCUGCGACGGAUAACCGAGGUUCAAGCCUCAAGGUUUAUGCAAGCUGUUUAGGCGUUGUGGAAAAGGACCCUUAUAGGCUUGACGAAAUGUCAUUUCCUGAAGAAACUUUUAGAUUGCAUAUACUUUUCUGCAUGGAUGUUCCUGAUACCCAUAAAAUGUCAAUCCAAUCUAGGGCACUGGUUGUCCCUGACCCAUCAGCAUUAAGGCACCUUGGACAAAAUUCUCCCUGUAUAAAGGAAGAAAUACAAAAUGGAGUCGAUAUUCAGUCCCCCGCGUCAGUGGUGAACCACUCUCAGAAACUUCAAGAUGACUUGCAGGAACUUGGUCAAAGAAUUAAGCACCAUGAAGACAAUAUCAAAUACUUAAGAUGUCUGAAGAAUAGAUUAGAUGGGUCAAUCCUUGAUAUGCAAGUUGCUAUUGGGAAGUAUCAUAUUGGAAAUUUAUCUGGAAGCGGAAAUGAAGGUCUUGCCUCAGUGGAAAGUGAGGAAGAUGUACUUCAGCAAAUCCUGAAGUACGAGAAUUCUGCAGUAGCCAUGUUGUGUAAGAUGAAAUAUAACCGUGAAGCUCAGGCCUCUGAUCACUCGUUGACUGAAGAUGUGCUUGGUGUUGUUGCUAUACUGGGAAAAGUUGACGAUGCUAACCUUAGCAGGCUUCUAUCAGAGUAUUUGGGUUUGGAAACAAUGUUAGCAGUGGUCUGCAAGACCUAUGAAGGAGUCAAAGCCCUUGAGGGAUACACCAAAGAUGGUUCGAUUAAUAAAGGUUCGGGCGUGCAUGCACUAGCUGCAUUAGCUGGACGGCUUCUGGAUGAACGAUUCCUUGUCAUUUGUCUUGAAAAUCUGAGACCGUAUUCUGGUCAGAUAAUAGCUGAUGACACUCAACGGAGGCUUGAUCUUUUGAAGCCAAGAACAACUAGUGGGGAGACUCCAGCUGGAUUUCUUGGUUUUGCUGUAAAUAUGGUGAAAAUUGAUGGCACUUACUUAUACUGUACCCCGAAAAACAAACACAGUCUGAGAGAGACGCUAUUCUAUUACCUUUUCUCGGACUUGCAAGUAUACAGAUCAAGAGGUGACAUGUUAAAGGCUCGGUCUUAUAUAGCACAUGGAGCCAUAUCUCUCGAUGGAGGGUUGAUAAGAAGUCCCGGGUUGUUCUCCUUGGGUCAUCAUAAGAUGGAAAUAGAUGUGAAGUUCCCCAGUGACUCGAAAAGGACUCUCCCAGCAACCUAUUUCGAAAUUGAAAAUCAACUUAAGGAGACAAAAUGGAAGAAGGAGCGAGCGUUGGAAGAUAUGCAACGAGAGCAGGCACUAUUAGACCGUGAAAAGUUCAACUACGAGUUAAAAAAGAAAGAUUUUGUCCAGUUUAUUGCUGAAAGCGGAUCAUAUGCUGCUCAGUCUCAGAUGGGACGUGUGUCGACCCCUAGAUGAUUUUCGUGGAGUCGAGACUCGGCCGUUCAGAAAAUGAAUUAGAAAGACACAUUUCAGCAUGAAAUUCCUCAAUUGUCGACAUUUUCGCUUGACCUUACGGAGGUGUGAUUAGUCCAGACUUUUGUGUAUUUUUCGCUGACAAGCACCAAUAGCUUAGUUAAAAUGUUUGAAGUGACUAUAAUUGAUUGAUUUCCCAAAAACCAUGAUUUCUAGUACAUAUAAACUGUUUUUCAGCUUUAAGUAUCAUAUGAUGAAAUUGAAAACUUUUUUCAGUUUUCCAAAGUCUUUUUUGGGCAACAUGAGAUUUGCUGUUUCUUAUGGGCUCUUUUUUUCUCUUUGGGAGAUCUUUUCUUGAUUUGAGACUUUGACUAUGGGUUUGUCGAAAUAUUUG